AUGAGCCUCUUGGCCGCGGCCGGGCUGUGGGGCCCGCCCGGGCUGCUCCUGACCUUCGCCCUGCACCCGGCUCUGUGCUUGCGCCCAGCCCCGACCUCGGGGCCCCCGCACCGGGACUACUGCGUCCUGGGCGCCGGGCCCGCGGGCCUGCAGAUGGCCUACUUCCUGCAGCGGGCCGGGAGGGACUACGCGGUGUUUGAGCGCGCCCCGCGGCCCGGCAGCUUCUUCACGCGCUACCCACGCCACCGCAAGCUCAUCAGCAUCAACAAGCGGCACACGGGCAAGGCCAACGCCGAGUUCAACCUCCGCCACGACUGGAACUCUCUGCUCAGCCACGACCCCCGGCUGCUCUUCAGACACUACUCCAGCGCCUACUUCCCCGAUGCGGGCGACAUGGUGCGCUACCUGGAUGACUUCGCAGACAGGCUGGGGCUCCACGUGCUGUACAACACGACCAUUGCCCACGUCACUCUGAACAAGGAUCGGCAGGCCUGGAACGGCCAUUACUUCAUCCUGACGGACCAGAUGGGCCACGCACACCGGUGCAGCGUCCUUCUGGUAGCCACCGGUUUGUCGGUCCCCAACCAGGUUGACUUCCCGGGCUCCGAAUACACGGAGGGAUACGAGUCUGUGUCCGUGGACCCCAAGGACUUCGAGGGUCAGAAUGUGCUGAUCCUGGGGCGGGGGAACUCUGCCUUUGAGACAGCAGAGAACAUCUUGGGUGUCACCAACUUCAUCCACAUGCUGAGUCGCUCCCGCGUCCGGCUGUCCUGGGCCACCCACUAUGUUGGAGACCUCAGGGCCAUCAACAACGGCCUGCUGGACACCUACCAGCUGAAGUCCUUGGACGGGUUGCUGGAGUCCGACCUGACGGAUCUGGCCAUCGUGAAGGACCGUGAGGGCAAGUUCCGCGUCACCCUGAAGUUCUUCCUGGAGGAAGGCAACCAGAGCGCCGACGCCAUCACCCUCCCCCAGGACGACAAUGACAACUUCGCCAUGCGCGUGGCCUACGACCGGGUCAUCCGCUGCCUGGGCUGGAACUUCGACUUCUCCAUUUUCGACAAGUCCCUCCGACUGUCUUCUGGGGGUGAGUUCAGCAAGAAGUACCCGCUGGUGAAAGCUAGCUAUGAGUCCAAAGGAAGCCGGGGUCUCUUUGUCCUGGGUACCGCCAGCCACUCGGUGGAUUACCGGAAAUCGGCCGGGGGCUUCAUUCAUGGAUUCCGAUACACAGCGCGUGCCGUCCACCGCCUGCUGGAGCAUCGCCACCACGGCGUCGCCUGGCCCUCCGCUGAGCACCCCGUCUCACAGCUGACGAGCUCCAUCGUCCGGCGCAUCAACGAGGCUUCUGGGCUCUACCAGAUGUUCGGCGUGCUGGCCGAUGUCGUCCUGCUGAAGGAGAACGCCACGGCGUUUGAGUACCUGGAGGAGCUCCCCGUGCAGAUGCUGGCCCAGCUGGAGACCAUCACAGGAAGGAGGGCCAGGCACGGGCUCUUCGUCAUCAACAUGGAGUAUGGCAGAAAUUUCUCUGGGCCCGACAAGGACGUCUUCUUUCAUGACCGGUCCGUGGGGCACACGGAAGACGCGUGGCAGUCCAACUUCCUCCACCCCGUCAUCUACUACUACAGGCACCUCCCCACUGAGCAGGAGGUGAGGUUCCGCCCUGCCGACUGGGCCCUGCCUCGGCCCACAGCCAUCCACCACAUCGUGGAAGAUUUCUUGACGGACUGGACCGCCCCGGUGGGGCACAUCUUACCUCUGAGGCGCUUCCUGGAGAACUGUUUGGACACCGAUCUGCGAAGCUUCUAUGCAGAGUCCUGCUUCCUGUUUGCCCUAACACACCAGAAGCUGCCUCCCUUCUGCCAGCAGGGGUACCUGAGAACGCAGGGGCUCGUGGGAACUGAGAGCCUCCGGCGGCACCGAGAGGAGCGCAGGUUCCCGCAGGGCUAUGCCACCGUGGGCAGGCGCCGCGAGGACGGGGCCCAGGGGCCCGAGGGUGGCCCCCUGGCCCCAGGGCCUCCGCUGCUCCAGCCCCACGACAGCAACAAGGAAGAGUUGUGA